UUACCCUUGAGUGGACUGUGAUUGAUGACAACACUGUCAACUUUAUAUACACUGCUCCUUCCACUAGCACUCAAUAUACUGCUUUGGCUUUCUCUAACCAGCUCAUAAGUCAAGCAUCACUAUCAGGUACUGUUGCUCUUGAUGCUGUAUAUGCUGGAAGUAAUGGGACUUCUUCAUUUGUACAAGACAGGUGGGUUACAAGUAUAUUCAAUAAUAUGUUGGACACUGAACAAAAUCUUGAAGAUACAAGUGCUUCGUUAAGCAAUGGCUUGCUUACAGUUAAUUUCACUCGUCCAAUAAUCAGUCCUGAUAACUAUAAUCAAGAUCUUGAUUUAAACGUGUGUCAGUAUGUUAUCUAUGUAUUCAAUGGAGCAGUAAUGGGCUCAUUUUCAUCACCUAGUGGGUUUAAUAUUCCUACUGGAUUUGGUAUACUUCCCAUGCAGUUGUGUCUUCAAAAUUGUUCAGAUGUUCCUUCCCCCUCUACUACUGUUCCUUCCUCAACUGGUGCUGUGACAGUUAGUACAACAUUUGUUCAAAGUUCUCCCUCAAUUAGUGGAUCCAGUAGUGUGAGUGCUACUCUUACUCCUACUGCUACUCCUACUAGUACUCCCAGUGGAGCUAGUGCAGGAAUGAUUGCUUCAGUUUUGCUUAUUAUGAUUGCUGUUGCCAUUGUCCUUCAUGUUUAAUACAAUGUAGACUGAACAUUAAAAUUGUUUUCAAUCCUUGAGCUUGUUUUGAGAAUUGAUAGUAAUGUUUAUGUAGUUGUUGUAGAUAUAAAUUAAUUAUUCAAUUUAGACUGGUGGGUGGGAUUGUAGAUUGUAGUAUAGAUAUAUUUAUUAUUGUGGGCAGAAGACGGAUUCACAACCAAAAUGCAAGGACUACUAAAGCUCUUUCUUCUAGCUGGUCUCUUUACUAUUUCUCUAGCUCAGUGUUCAGGAAACUUUACUAAUGAGACACAGCAAGUUACCCUUGAGUGGACUGUGAUUGAUAGCAACACUGUCAACUUUAUAUACACUGCUCCUUCCACUAGCUCUCAAUAUACUGCUUUGGCUUUCUCUAACCAACUCGUAACCUCUGCAUUUAGUUUGGCUAAUGUUGAUACUGUAUAUGCUGGAGAUAAUGGAACAGUUUCUUUUGUACAAGACAGAUGGUUUCCAAAUGCAUUCAAUAAUAUGUUAGAUACUGAACAAAAUCUUCAAAAUACAAGUGCUACAUUAAGCGGCGGCUUCCUCACAGUUAAUUUCACUCGUCCAAUAAUCAGUCCUGAUAAGAAUCAAGACCUUGAUCUUAACACGUGUAAAUAUGUUAUCUAUGUAUUCAAUGGAGUGGUAACAGCCGGCUCAUUUUCAUCACCUACUGCAUUUGGUAUUCCUGCUGGAUUUGGCUUAUUCCCCAUGCAGUUGUGCCUUCAAAACUGUCAAGAGCCUCCCAUCAGUUACUACUACUAUUAUGCCAACUCCUAUUGAUCCUGCACCCUCCAGUGAGAUCAGCAGCCCACCCUCAACUACUAAUGGUAUUUCUACUAAUCCUUUGCCCUCUGUUGAGAGCUCAACCACAGCUACUGUCUCAAGUCCUACUCCCACUACUACAGUUAAUGAUGCUAGCAAGAAAUUUGCAUCUGUCUUGUUAGUCAUGUUUGCUCUCAUGUUUGCCAUUCAUGCUAUGUAGAAUGUUGAACAGUAGUUUACUUAUUAAAAGUUGUUUUGAGCUUGAGUUUGUUAUGCUAUUAGUUUGUUACUAAAUAUUUUACUGAUGUUAUGUGAUGUACUUAAAGUAAACUCUCACUGACAUACCUAUUGAUUUUUUGGAAAAAAUUCUCAGAUGAUUGUAAUUCAUAUCA